GACAAAUUGUCUUCUAUAAAAUUUUACAGAAAAUCAAGUUUUUUUUUUAUUUAUUAGAAAGCUCAAUGGUUAUUUCACACUUAGGAAAAUAUACAAAACUUUUAUGAAUUAUGGCUUUAUCACACUCAAAAAUCGAUAAACUUUUACAAUUAUUUAGUUCCUCAGAAGAUGAGGAAUUGGAUAAAGCGAGUGACAACGAAGAACUGGAUUUGAAGCCAUGCAUUUUCCCAGUAGAUAUUCCUGAAAAAAACAAAAAAACUCAAAUAUUAAAAAAAAAGGAAAUCGAAAAAUUACCUCAAUCAAAGUCAAAAAAUAGUGAUGAUGAAAUUAAAGUAGUGGAAUUGGAAGUUAAGCCGAUAGAGAUAAAUGACAGUGAAAAUGAUACAAAAUCAAAUUUUUCUGAAAAUCGAGAUGACUUCGAAAAUAGCGAUCAGGACGAUGAAAAUUUGAAUGAAAAAAAAAAAGCAAAGAGAAACGUAAAACAAAAAAAGACGCUCAAAAAAGAAAAUUGUUCUGAUUCUGAAAAUGAUUUUAUAGAAGUUAAACGAAAAGGUCGGCGCAAGCAUGACCCUGUUGGUAAUAAACGUGGUAGAACUAGAAAAAAUCGACCUAAAGUUGGUAGAAAUAUAAAGUGCAAACAAUGCGAUAUGAGAAUGAAAAACGAGCAGCUUUUUAUGUUUCAUAUGCAAAUACAUGAAGGACGAAAAGAAACUGAAUGUACUUUGUGCAAUGAAGAUUUUGAAACCAUACCAAAUUUACAAGAUCACUAUGCACAAUUUGAUAAAACAAAAAUGGAUGAUCAUUAUAUAAAACUUAGACCAUUUUGUUGUCAUCUUUGCGAUUUAAGGUAUAAGAGCAGGAAUUAUCUACUGGACCAUUUAGAUAUACAUGCUGGAGAUAAGAAAUUUUUGUGUCCAAUAUGCGGUAAACAAUUUUUUAAAAGAUUCAGUUUAAAAGUUCAUUUAAGAUACCACCAAAAAUCAUAUCAUUCUUGUGAAAGAUGUAAAUUAGACUUGCAAUUUCGGAAUCCGAAAGAAUAUAUUGCACAUUUAAGAAUUGUUCAUGGUGAAAAUGCUUUUAGAUGUCCAAUAUGUGAUCGUGAAUUUUCUAGAAAACAUGAUAUGAUGAAACAUAAAGAUACACAUAGUCGCGAGCCUAACUGCUGCACACAGUGCAAUAUAAACUUUGGAUUCAGACGAGAAUUUAAUCAACACAUGAAAGAAGUUCACAAUCGUAUAAAAAAAUUUACUUGUAACAUAUGUGGCAAAAUAUUUUUAAUGCAUUGCAAACUUACAAGACAUUUAGAAACACAUAAUAAAAUAAGAGAAAAUUGUAAUCUGUGCGGUAAAGAAUUUAGAAGUCGCAGAGAUUAUAACGCUCACAUGAGGAACAUGCACGGUGUCGUGCUUGAUUUACCAAAAACCGAAAGCAAAAAAUCAGUGCCACGACAAAAGAAAGGGAAAAUUCCAGUUGAUAAUGAUGCAAAGCCAUUGAAUGAAGAAAUAAAAGAUGACGAUAAGUUUGAUCUUAAAAUUGAUAUGAAGGCUCAAGAUUUUAGCGGGUACCUUUUAAAAAAUAAGAAUAAUUUUUAAACUUUAGCUUAAUUAAAAUUAAUUUUAAGUGUAAAAUUUACAAUACAAUAUUUUAAAAUUAAUUUCAAAUACAUAAUAUUUUCAUUAAAAUUGAUGAAUCAAAGCUUUU